ACGUACUUCAUCCGCUUAUAAAUGACAAGGUGACAGGUCUACACGGUGCUCAGACUCUAGCUUCAAGCUUGUACACACGUAUCCCGGCCGGUGUAUUUUAAAUAGGCUUCAGACAUGUACGCCUGUGCUAAGUUUGUCACCUCACCUUCUGUGCUGCGUGGAGGCUCCAGAAUCUUAGCCCGGCCUGUUUCAGUGUCGGUCUUCAACAGACCUGAAGCCAGAACUGAGCAAGCAGCCCUCUUGCCUGUGGCAGAGGCAUCUCCCCUCAGUGUGAGCCGGAAGUUUCAGACAAGUGCAGUUUCUAGAGAUAUUGAUACAGCAGCCAAGUUUAUUGGUGCUGGUGCUGCCACGGUGGGUGUUGCUGGAUCCGGAGCUGGAAUUGGAACCGUAUUCGGAAGUCUCAUCAUUGGCUAUGCUAGAAAUCCUUCUCUGAAACAACAGCUUUUCUCCUAUGCUAUCUUGGGAUUUGCUCUGUCUGAAGCCAUGGGACUCUUCUGUCUGAUGGUGGCGUUUCUUAUCCUUUUUGCCAUGUAAUUCAGAAGCUUGCCCCUCUAUUCAGGGAUCAGAAUACGAUGUGCAGAUCAGGCCGUGGCAUUGCCAUUCCAACAAACUACCAGACAUUCUACCUUUUUAUGUUUUCUGAUCUCUCCCACAAGUAGGUUGGUGUACAGUUUAGACAGUCUGUCUCAAUAAAUUCUUGGGAUAAAUA